AUGUCUUCUACAUCAGACAGCAAGUCGAUACCUGUACCACCCCCACCACCACCACCUCCGCCGCAAUACCGGCGCACCGAGGUGAAGUUACGGAGUACCCCUCUCUCCCAGCAUUUUUUCACACAGACGCCAAAAGCCCGUGGUCCGGCUCCAACGGGGCCCUACUUCUUUUACGGUUCACUUCUGGACCCGUGCAUCCUCGUCGAAAUCCUGGGACUGGAUACGGAACCGGAGCUUCGGCCCGCGUACCUGGAGGGGUUUGCAAGCAAGCUGUGGGGUCAGUACCCGGCCCUGGUGGAGUCCCCAGACAGCGUGGUGGAAGGUGCUGUGUAUAAUGUACAGACGGUGGUGGAUGCGCAGAAACUGGCCGACUAUGAAACCCGGAAUUAUACACCGGUGGCCCGCGAUAUCCGCUAUUCGGAUGGAAGGUUCCCCACACAACAGGCGGGGCACGUUUUCGUGUUUGAUGGGAAUCCCACAGACUUGAGUGAAGGUACAUUUGAUUUGAGGGUGUGGCUGAAACGAGUGGGAAGGCAGGAGGCUUUGGACAAGCUGGAUGCUCGAAAAUCAGGGAAAGGUAACUUCAGCCACUGA